UAAACACCUCUUCACCAGGUUCUCCAGCAGAAGUUGAAGGUUCAUACUUCACACUAUCUUUGAACGUCGAAGACAACCUCCCCUAUCAACUACAAUCUCAUCAAUGAAACGUCUAAUAACACCCACUGAGAGACAAUACAUUACAUACAUGUAUGUUGACAAAUGCUUACUUCUCAUCGAAUACUAACAGUUUGAAAACAAAAAUUCAUCAGCUGAACUGCCAUGUCCAGCUUUGGAUUGCAGUUUCUUCUCUUUUUCUUGAUAACCCAUAAAAUAUUAAAUACAUAAACGAAUUAUGAAUUCUACUUGUAACAUUUGAUAAAUGUUUCAAUAAAAUAUCGUUAUUUAACUCGCAUAACUUGAUCAAAGUCGACGUACAGAUUUUAUACGAGAAGGUUAAAAUGUUUCGCUUACAAAAUGAGACGAAAUCUACGUUAUUGUCUGGAGACCAUGCCAUUACACAGAUUUUUACAUUCGAGGCGGCAAUGCACUGGGCUCUGGAGGGACGUCAUGUUCUCUAUAUAACACCGACCCCCCUCGACUCGAUCCCAGCGAAAUAUCAUGACAGAAGUGCCCUGGAGGUGGACUCAUUUCGCAUGGUUAAAUUUAUGUAUCUGAAAGAUUAUGAAGCACUGAUUGAGCUCCUGGUGGACCUUCAUUCCCAUCACACGCGUCCAGGAGUUCUUUUGAUUGAUCAACUGGACACCUAUAUCAAUCACCCAAAUGUAACAGAACAACUAGCAAAUAUUCAUAUUGCAAAAUUAUGUGCAAUCCUUCACGAUACAAUGAAUGCCUGCUCCAAUGUCUCCAGAAGCCAUUCAAAAUUUCAUCUUAUGGCGUCAGUUAGCCCCCAGAACUUUGAAAAAUCAUUCUAUCAUUUGUAUUUUUAUCAAAUUUGGAGUUUAGAAAAAGAGAAUAAUAAAUCAUUUUGCUUAAUGCGUUUAAAAAAUUCUUCGGAGUCUCGAGAAGCCUUUAAAUACCAGAAACUCAAUGAUGGAACUUUAAUUCUGGUGAAAAUACUUGAAAAUAUGGAAAAUAUGUGAAUAUAUCAUCAUCAAUUCUUUACCUGUAAAUACUUCAUGAAUUAAUAUGUAAUUAUUUAUAAAUAAACUUCAUAAGAAAUAUCUGUUGUUGGUAUUAUUAAUUGUACAUUUAUUAAAGUAGUUCGAAUAGUCAUUAGUGUAAAAGUAAACCAGUAAAUAGUUUUUAAGGGGUUUAAACAUAAACCUAAUAUCUAUAAAAAAAUCAUUCCAUAAUUUUUUGGGUAUUUCUUGAAUUUUUCUUUUAUUGUUUUAAUGAAAAGUGUGUUGACAUUUUAUUUAACACUGGACCUUCCUCCUGAACGAGCAUCCUUCGGUGAGACGAGCUUUGCCUCCUGUUGGAGUGCAAAGAAUUGUGCGGCAACCGUCGCACUCGACGGGCCUCUGGGCAUGCGAGAAGAUGGUCUUAAUUGCAUAACAUCCUGGGCAUU